AUGCAGACGGCAUCCAUUCUGCAGCGUCUCUUGACGGAGGAGGGAGCCUUCUUUCACCCUGCAAUGCAGGUGGCGCCCAUUCCUUCCAUGGGUGGUGGCUACGGUGUGGUGGCCACGGCUCCAUUAAGGCCUGGAACGCGUCUCGCAAAGAUACCACGGCAUUCUAUGAUCACGGCUAGCAAGGCACGUCGUUAUUUGGCAUCUUUUGAAUACCAGCACAGACGUGUCCUCUCUGAAAGCAAUCCAUUUUCUCACAAGACCGUUUCUGCAGCAGCCUUGGCAAGCGUUGAAAGAAAGCUGUCGCAGAGUCUUUCUCCAGCAAACACUAUUAUUUGUUAUCUACUUCUGAUUGCGGCACAGUGCCGUCGUUUUCCCGCCCCACAUACUCAAAAUGGCAUGGGUGUUGAUGUGGCUGUGGCUAGUAGCAGCAAAAGGGAUGAACUGCCCUGUCAGAGUGGUCAUUCUUGGAUGAAAACGUGGAUACUCUCGCUUCCCACCCAUUACGAUAAUCUUAUCGAACUGCGUCCAGAAAUGGCAGAUACGGGAGGCGCUCCAAGUCUUGAUGGUGUUGCGAAACUGCCCUCUCCCACGGAUGCACAUCUUCGCCCUUACCUGCAGUUUGAGCGGCAUCGUCGUAAGGUGCUGCAGGAACAGGCGAAUGUCGAGGCGGAAUUUCAGUUAUGUCAAUCGGUGCUAUCUGUUCUACAAACGUUUCCAAAUUGUAACGGUGGUGAGGCACCAAUAUCAGCUACAUUGGAGCAGUUUCUUUGGGCUUACAACACCCUCAUGAGUCGUGGUUUCUCGUACAAUGCAGAGGUUUGGAGCCUUAUCCCGUGGGUAGAUUACUUCAACUAUGCCUUUAGCAGCAAUGCCACAAUGGCGUACGAUGAAAGACGCGAAGCAUACAUUUUUGAAACACUUCUUCCCAUUGAGCGAGGGGAACAAAUUAUGCUGCAAUAUGGUGCUUAUACUGACAUGGAGCUGUUGCUGUGGUAUGGUUUCACCCUCACCCCAGGGUUAUUCCCUGAACUCGCCAGGGCCACUACGCUAGAGAAACGAGUCCAGGUACUGCGAAUGCUUUGGCGUGACGAUGUAGAACUAAUGGAUGCAGCCGAUAACUGCCUUUCCAAGCGCGAUGAGGCGUGGUUAGAUGCUGUAAACAGAGCGUUGGGUUAUUCUUUUUCACCAUGGGCCGAUGCGGACGGAUCCUACCCGUCUCCUAAACCACGUGAGUCUUGGCUGGAGCUCCUGCUUUCUGCAUACAUAAGGCUGCGAAGCGUGGGUAUUUGUGACAGCCACAGGGGCACGUUACCUCCCGCAGCAGAAGCAGCGAGCGUAGUUGCCAAGUUAAUUUUAGGGACACCGGCGCAACACCCACUUCCACCCAAACUAACGGCCCACGAUUGCCGUCUGGGGGCCCGGGGCCCAUCGCCGUCUAUGCUGCUUCUUCUGAACUACGUUAGCCACCUUUGUUCCGCGUCUAACGAAGGAACACGCUUAACCCCGGCUGACGUUCUGCGAGCUAUUUGUUGGGCAGAGCUGUUUUGUAAUUCUGAGCCGGGGAUGGAGGCGUUAUUUCUUAAAAAUGAGACAGCCGCGCCGCCUGGGGGCAGUGUAAAGGCCAUGGCGCGUCAGGCAUCGUUGGAUGCUGCUGCGCUUCUGCACCUCCUGGCGGUGGAGGCGACGGAGGAGGAAUUGUGCGUCUACCUCUCGAGGGAGUGCGAGUAG